CGGCGGCGACGGCAGCGGCCGAGGGGGCGGCGGCUACGUGGGGGGAGCGCGGCAGGCGGCGGAGUCGUCUGUGCCGCGGGCCCGGUCGCAGAGGAACAUUGUCGGGGUCAGCGACUAUCGCCUGUUCCACAAGAUGAGUAACAGCCAUCCCUUGCGCCCCUUCACUGCCGUGGGGGAGAUAGAUCAUGUGCACAUUUUGUCUGAACAUAUUGGUGCCUUGUUGAUUGGGGAAGAGUAUGGUGAUGUCACGUUUGUUGUGGAAAAGAAACGGUUCCCUGCCCACAGGGUGAUUUUAGCCGCCAGGUGCCAAUAUUUUCGAGCAUUACUGUAUGGUGGAAUGCGAGAGUCUCAGCCUGAAGCAGAAAUCCCUCUGCAAGACACCACUGCAGAAGCAUUCACAAUGCUGCUUAAAUAUAUCUACACUGGGAGGGCAACACUGACAGAUGAGAAGGAGGAGGUGCUGCUGGAUUUUUUGAGUCUGGCUCAUAAAUAUGGAUUUCCAGAGCUGGAAGAUUCUACCUCUGAGUAUCUCUGUACCAUACUCAACAUUCAGAAUGUCUGUAUGACUUUUGAUGUUGCCAGUCUGUACUCACUUCCCAAGUUAACAUGUAUGUGCUGCUUAUUCAUGGACAGAAAUGCUCAGGAGGUGCUCUCAAGUGAAGGUUUUCUCUCCCUUUCCAAGGCAGCACUUUUAAACAUCGUGUUAAGAGAUUCAUUUGCAGCCCCUGAAAAAGAUAUUUUCUUAGCCUUGUUAAACUGGUGUAAGCACAAUUCAAAGGAGGAUCAUGCUGAAAUCAUGCAGGCUGUUCGUUUACCUCUGAUGAGCCUCACCGAACUUCUGAAUGUUGUGAGACCUUCGGGACUGUUGUCUCCUGAUGCUAUUCUGGAUGCUAUUAAAGUACGAUCGGAGAGCCGGGAUAUGGACCUCAAUUAUAGAGGCAUGCUCAUACCAGAAGAAAACAUUGCAACUAUGAAGUAUGGAGCCCAGGUUGUAAAAGGGGAGCUGAAGUCUGCCUUGCUCGAUGGUGACACUCAAAAUUAUGAUUUGGAUCAUGGGUUUUCUAGGCACCCAAUUGAUGAUGACUGCCGUUCAGGCAUUGAGAUUAAGCUAGGUCAGCCAUCCAUCAUCAACCACAUACGGAUACUCCUGUGGGACCGAGACAGCAGGUCUUAUUCUUACUUUAUUGAAGUAUCAAUGGAUGAACUUGAUUGGAUCAGAGUGAUAGAUCAUUCACAGUAUCUGUGCCGGUCUUGGCAAAAGCUGUAUUUUCCAGCCCGAGUAUGCAGGUAUAUUCGAAUAGUUGGGACUCAUAACACAGUGAACAAGAUCUUUCACAUCGUGGCUUUUGAAUGCAUGUUUACAAACAAGACCUUUACUCUGGAGAAGGGGCUGAUAGUUCCCAUGGAGAAUGUUGCAACAAUUGCUGAUUGUGCCAGUGUGAUUGAAGGAGUCAGUCGGAGCCGAAAUGCCUUGCUAAAUGGGGACACUAAGAAUUAUGAUUGGGACUCUGGCUACACGUGUCACCAGCUAGGGAGCGGUGCAAUUGUUGUUCAGCUGGCACAGCCAUACAUGAUUGGGUCAAUACGGUUAUUGCUUUGGGACUGUGAUGACCGAAGCUACAGCUACUAUGUUGAGGUUUCUACCAACCAGCAGCAGUGGACUAUGGUGGCUGACAGAACAAAAGUCUCUUGCAAGUCCUGGCAGUCGGUCACCUUUGAAAGACAGCCUGCCUCCUUCAUCCGCAUUGUUGGAACACACAACACAGCGAAUGAGGUGUUCCACUGCGUGCACUUUGAGUGUCCUGAGCAAAACAGUCAGAAGGAAGAAAGCAGCGAGGAAUCUGGGACGGGAGAUGUGGGCCCUGCCGGCCAGCAGCUCGACCCCCACGCCCUGCAGGCCCCCAGUCCCAGCCCCGACUCACGAUCAUCCAACCGACAGCACCAAUAAAGGAGGCGGCCCACAA